AUGGACCAAGAUAAUAUGGCAUCGCAGGAAGAGGAGCUGAGCGACUGUGAGCACUGCCGACGGAUAUUCGUGGAGCAACCCGUCGAGGAGGCCUUCUUCAUCUCGAGCGCCCUCCGCCGCAAGGCCAAGGCCGAGAAGCUCCUCGACGACUUUGACCAGUGCCAGCUGACGCGCGGGCAGCUGCAGCGCUACCUCGCCCUCGCCGACAAGCUGGAGGACAGCGUCAUGCGGCGCGCAGCCCGGUUCGGCCACGUCGUCCAGGCCACCACCGCAUGCUGGUUGGUGCACAAGCCGAACCUGUCCGACGAGGAUCGGGACGUCCUCAUGCAGGACGAGCGCGUCGCGGGCAUGGUUGCCAUCGUCGCCGGCUUUGAGAAGGCGCUUUCGGGCUUCGUCUUGGCAAGCAGGGAUCCCAAGCUCCGGGAGGCGCACGAGGCGCUCGGCGUCGGCCGACCCGACUGGGAGAAGAACUACGACCUCUCCGUGGAGGAGUGGAGAGAGAAUGGUAUCGAUGCGAUCGAGGAAGACGUCGAUGACGCAAAGCAGAGGCGGCGCAGGUGUCAAUUGUUGGGUAAAAGGGAUUGA